CGGGCUGAUCGCGUGCCAGGUGUCAUGGCGGCCUGCAGGCAUUGCUGCUCGUGCCUCCGGCUGCGGCCUCUGGGCGAUGGUCCCCUCCGUCUGCCAGGGCGGGAUAGGAUACUCACCCAGUUACAGGUGCGAGCUCUAUGGGGUGGCACCGGACAGCGAUCCGUGGCCGUGGAUUUAGGCAGCAGAAAACUAGAAAUAUCCUCUGGAAAACUAGCCAGAUUUGCAGAUGGCUCUGCUGUGGUACAGUCAGGUGACACUGCAGUGAUGGUCACAGCAGUCAGUAAAACAAAACCUUCACCUUCCCAAUUCAUGCCUUUGGUGGUUGACUAUAGACAGAAGGCUGCUGCAGCAGGUAGAAUUCCCACAAACUAUCUCAGAAGAGAGAUUGGAUCUUCUGAUAAAGAAAUUCUUACAAGUCGAGUAAUAGAUCGUUCAAUUAGACCUCUCUUUCCAGCUGGCUACUUUUAUGAUACACAGAUCCUUUGUAAUCUGUUAGCAGUAGAUGGUGUUAAUGAACCUGAUGUCCUAGCAAUUAAUGGUGCUUCUGUAGCCCUCUCAUUAUCAGAUAUUCCUUGGAAUGGACCUAUUGGGGCAGUACGAAUAGGAAUGAUUGAUGGAGAAUGUGUAGUUAACCCAACACGAAAAGAAAUGGCAAACAGUACUUUAAAUUUAGUGGUUACUGGAGCACCUAAAAGUCAGAUUGUCAUGUUGGAAGCCUCUGCAGAGAAUAUUUUACAGCAGGACUUUUGCCAUGCUAUCAAAGUGGGAGUAAAACAUACACAACAAAUAAUUCAGGGCAUCCAGCAGUUGGUAAAAGAAAAUGGUGUUACCAAGAGGACACCUCAGAAGUUAUUUGUCCCUUCGCCAGAGAUUGUCAAACACGCUCAUAAACUCGCCAUGGAAAAACUCUACACAGUUUUUACAGAUCAUGAACAUGAUAAAAUUUCCAGAGAUGAAGCUGUUAACAAGAUUAGGUUAGAUACAGAGGAACAACUAAAAGAAAAAUUUCCAGAGGUUGAUUCCUAUGAAAUAAUAGAAUCCUUCAAUGUUGCUACAAAGGAUGUUUUUAGAAGUAUUAUUUUGAAUGAGUACAAAAGGUGUGACGGUCGAGAUUUGACUUCACUUAGGAAUAUAAAUUGUGAGGUAGAUAUGUUUAAGAUUCUUCACGGAUCGUCAUUAUUUCAGAGGGGACAGACACAGGUGCUUUGUACUGUUACAUUUGAUUCAUUAGAAUCUAAUUUUAAGUCAGACCGAAUUAUAACAGCUAUAAAUGGGAUAAAAGAUAAAAAUUUCAUGCUGCACUAUGAGUUUCCUCCCUAUGCAACUAAUGAAAUUGGCAAAGUUACUGGUGUAAAUAGAAGAGAACUUGGGCAUGGUGCUCUUGCUGAGAGAGCUCUGUAUCCUGUUAUUCCUAAAGAUUUUCCUUUCACCAUAAGAGUCACAUCGGAAGUACUAGAGUCAAAUGGAUCAUCUUCUAUGGCAUCUGCAUGUGGUGGAAGUUUAGCAUUAAUGGAUGCAGGAGUUCCAAUUUCAUCUGCUGUGGCAGGUGUGGCAAUAGGAUUGGUCACCAAAAACAAUCCUGACAAAGGUGAAAUAGAAGACUAUCGUUUGCUGACAGAUAUUCUGGGGAUUGAAGAUUACCAUGGUGACAUGGAUUUCAAAAUAGCUGGCACUUCUAAAGGAAUAACUGCAUUGCAGGCUGACAUCAAAUUACCUGGGAUACCAAUAAAAAUUGUAAUGGAAGCCAUUCAGCAAGCCUCAGUGGCAAAAAAGGAGAUAUUACAGAUAAUGAACAAAACUAUUUCAAAACCUCGAGCAUCUAGAAAAGAAAAUGGACCUGUUGUAGAAACUGUUCAGGUUCCGUUAUCAAAACGAGCAAAAUUUGUUGGACCAGGUGGAUAUCAUUUAAAAAAACUUCAGGCUGAAACAGGAGUCACUAUCAGCCAGGUAGAUGAAGAAACAUUUUCUAUCUUUGCACCAACACCUAGUGCCAUGCAUGAAGCAAGAGACUUCAUUACUGAUAUCUGCAAAGAUGAUCAAGAGCAGCAAUUAGAAUUUGGAGCAGUGUACACCGCCACAAUAACUGAAAUCAGAGACACUGGAGUAAUGGUUAAACUCUAUCCAAAUAUGACUGCAGUACUACUCCACAACACACAACUUGAUCAACGAAAGAUUAAACAUCCCAGUGCUUUAGGAUUAGAAGUUGGCCAAGAAAUUCAGGUGAAAUACUUUGGACGUGAUCCAGCUGAUGGAAGAAUGAGGCUUUCUCGUAAAGUGCUCCAGUCUCCAGCUACAACUGUUGUCAAAACUUUAAAUGACAGAAGUAGUAUUGUAAUGGGAGAAUCUGUUUCACAGUCAUCAUCUAAUUCUUCCCGGUGAUUUUUUUUAAGAAUUCUAGAGUGAUAUUCUAUAUUCUAUAGAGCAAAAUUUCAGUAGCAUCUUCUAACAUGUAGAUUUAUAUAUAAUAUAAAUAUAUUCUAAUGAUUUGUAUGAAAAUGCUCA